AUGUCUCAAAGACAGAGGGCUGGUAGAAAAAGAGGCUCGGGAAGACCAAGGCGGAGUCGGUCCUCCAGGACUAGGAACGAGCUUCCGCUCAAUGUCUCUGCAUCGCCCACUCGUCUCGAAGCAACUGCACUCAGUGACUUCUGCUUACGACAGACUCAAGCGCUACCCAAUAUCGGUAGUGAGUUAACAGGCAUUGCUCAGACUAGCCAACAGGUAAGACCCGCCCAGGUACAAAUUGUCGAUCAUAGCCAUGACCAGAAAUCAAACGCCAAUUCUGCAAGCAACUCUGGACAAGCUGUUCCUCUCACGGCGUUCGAGCGACCCAGGGUAUCGAUGUGCUUGCUCAACUCUGGCUUCCCACCUGGUCAAGAACCUGUUGCCCUGGAGAUCAAGCGGUCUGAAACGCUGCCACUCAACGCAAACACACAAACGACCAUGAACGCUGAGAGCUGCAAUCAUGGAGCUGCUGUUAUCCUCAAUAGGGACUUCACAUCUCUGCACGCAACAGCAGACGAAGCUACCAAUAAUAGCAACUCACAAACCACCCUAAUCUGUCAAGGCCAGCUGAAGUGCGGCCGUUCCCUACGCUGCCAAGGUAGAAGUGAGUGCACUCAUCGACCCGACUAUUAG